CUGGCCUCCCGCCUGAGCGCAGAGCUCUGGGAUCCUGCCUGCGGGGAGACUUCAGACGAGGAAGAUGAGGCGCUAACCCGUCACAUCUCCUCCAGCCCAAACAUGAACUCUUCCUCUGACCCGAGCGAGUCGCCUUCCUUCUGCCUGCUGGGUUACUCCCUCACUCUGGACACCUGCGUGCUGGAGGUGACCGUCAUCCUCGUCCUCACCGUGCUCAUCAUCGCUGGCAAUCUGGUGGUGAUCUUUGUCUUCCACUGCGCCCCCCUGCUGCACCACCACACCACCAGCCACUUCAUCCAGACCAUGGCAUACGCCGACCUGCUGGUGGGCGUCAGCUGCCUGGUGCCCUCGUUCUCUCUGCUGCACUACCUCAGAGGGCUGAACGAGGAGCUCACCUGCAAGGUGUUCGGCUACAUGGUGUCGGUGCUGAAGAGCGUCUCCAUGGCGUCGCUGGCGUGCAUCAGCGUGGACCGCUACAUUGCCAUCACUCGCCCUCUGUCUUACGCCACGCUUGUGACGCCCUGCCGCCUGCGGAUGUGCAUCGUCCUCAUCUGGCUCUACUCCGCCCUUGUCUUCCUGCCAUCUUUCUUUGGAUGGGGGAAACCCGGUUACCACGGCGACAUCUUUCAGUGGUGUGCCGACUCCUGGAAGACCAACCCCGCCUUCAGCACCUUCAUCGUGGCUCUGCUUUACGCGCCGGCGGCGCUCACCGUCUGCUUCACCUAUGGGAGCAUAUUCAGGAUCUGCCGGCAGCACACGCGGGAGAUCACACAGCGCCAUGCCCGCUUCAGCCCGCCAGUAGAGGGCGACAAAGGGGAGCGAUGUGACGGCUGUCCGGACAAACGCUACGCCAUGGUACUGUUCCGGAUCACGAGCGUCUUCUACGUGCUGUGGAUGCCCUACAUCCUGUACUUCCUGCUGGAGAGUGCCGGGCUCUACCACCACAAAGUUGCGUCCUUCCUCACCACGUGGCUGGCCAUCAGCAACAGCUUCUGCAACUGUGUCAUCUACAGCCUGUCCAACAGCAUGUUCCGGAAGGGCCUGGGCAGACUCUUCAGCCCCCUCCUCUCCUGGUGCCACAGCUGCAGCACCGCCAAGAAGGCCCAGGUUCCUGUAGACCGUCCGGUCUGA